UAGAAUACAAGCAGAACCCAAGCUAUUACCUCAAGUUGAAGAGGUAACCUAUGCCGAACCGGUUCUAUUGCCACAGCCACCACCAAAAAUGCAUUCGCCUAAGAGUACUUUACGUAAACCCAUGCCACCUCAUCAUGGACCCAACUCAGAAACGUUCUUCCAAUUCCAGCCAGAUGGUUAUAAUACCCAACAAUCAUAUCGUUGUCGUGAUAAUUUUGGUACUUUAAGAUCUCAUCAAGUUAUGGGUGAUAACUAUCGUCGUGGUGAUGGCUUUUCCACCACUCGCAGUGUCAAGAAGGCUGUUAACACAAAUACACGUAAUCGAAGUCUUGGUCGUAUGAGAAGGCAGCCGCCCCGUCAUGGUAUUGAGAUGAGUCCCGAGGAGAACAAAUACCAUAAUUACAACAACUAUAAUGAAAACUUCAUAUUUUCUGGAGUAACUCAACAACACCGUUCCAAUAGUCCACAACACUCCAGUUCGGCCUCAUCGCCUGUUAUGUCAAAUAGUAGUUCUAGUCCAGCACCACCAUCCAGCAGUCCAUCACCGCAAGAGAGCCCCAAGAAUUGUAGUUACAUAUAUCGUGAUUGAUUGAUCACUAAUACCAAAUCAAUGCCACUAAUCAAAACAACAUCCAACAAUACAACAACAACAACCACAACAGAUGCAAA